UUCCCCAUCUGCGGAACAAUCCUGGAGAGAAAUGGCUGCCGCCUUGCUUUGGUGACUCUGGAGACAACAAAUUACAGCACAUUAUAUUCCCGAAUAGAUGAUCCACUCCCAGAAACGAGGGGAAUCUACGAGAAUGAAAGAGAAAACGGAGAAGGGUGCCUCGCCACGCAGCCAUGAAAAUGGUUUAUCUCACGUCCUGUCUCUGGUCCUGCAAGAACUAAGCCAGUUCUAUAAAAGAGAUUCCAAUGGGAUUGGCCUGCUCUACGACCUCCUCCGGUCUCCAUGGCUACAGUCUCUUCUAAAGGUUUAUGAAUGUCUUCAUCAAUACAUCAAAAGGAAGCCAGUUCCACUCACCCCCCAGGCGCGUGCCUUGACCCACGAGGUAGCAGAGUUGUUGCGUGGAAUCCAUCCGACUGCAGAGGUCAGGGAGCUGAGGCGACUUCUACGCAAUCCCCACUUGAAGGCUUUGCUGUCUGCUCAUGACACAGUGGCCCAGAAAGAUUACGAACCGAUUCUUCCACCUCUGCCGGACAACAUCCCUGAAAAUGAGGAAGCCAUGAGGAUCGUUUGCCUUGUGAAAAACAAACAACCCCUCGGGGCCACUAUUAAACGCCAUGAGCUAACAGGCGACAUUACAGUGGCAAGAGUCAUCCACGGCGGGUUGGCAGAUAGAAGCGGGUUGUUGUACGCUGGAGACAAACUGGUAGAGGUGAACGGUGUUCCAGUGGAAGGGCUGGAGCCAGAGCAAGUCAUCCACAUCCUGUCCCAGUCCCAGGGAACAAUCAUGUUCAAGCUGAUUCCUGUUUCAGAUCGACCUGUCAGUAAUCAAACAACGCUCUACGUGCGAGCGAUGGCGGAUUACUGGCCCCUUCAGGACCCUGCCAUUCCUUGCGCUGACGCCGGCCUGUCAUUUAAAAAGGGAGACAUUCUUCAGAUUGUGGACCAGAACGACACCUUCUGGUGGCAGGCGAGGAAAGUCUUGGACCUCAGCGUCUGUGCCGGACUGAUUCCUUCCAAUCAUCUUUUGAAGAGGAAGCAGCGGGAAUUCUGGUGGUCUCAGCCCUUCCAACCCCACCCGUGUCUGAAGUCAACAAUAUCAACAAAAUUCUUCAGAUCUCCUGUGUUUUUUUUAAUAACUGCUUCCAUGGAUCUGCUGCGGAUAGUGAGUACUGUGGAAGAAGAAGAUGACAUGCAGAUCGAUGAGAAGUGUGUUGAAACAGAAGAGGAAGAAUUCACUGGAUCCGGUCAGCAGGUCUUUGUUGCUGGCUUCCGUAGAAGUAUGCGCCUCUGUCGCAGGAAAUCGCGCAACAGCCACUUACCGUGUUAUGCCCGGUGUCCCAGUGCCUGCUACAGUGCAGUAGCAGCCCCUUAUGAAGAGGUGGUGAGAUACCAAAGACAGCCUGGGGAUCGGAACAGAUUAAUCGUCCUAGUGGGUCCUUCAGGUGUUGGAGUAAACGAACUACGGCGGCAGCUUAUUGGCACAAACCCUCAUCAGUUCCAAAGUGCAGUCCCACAUACAACUCGGGCUCAGAAGAGCUAUGAAGAGAACGGUAGAGAAUAUCACUAUGUAUCGAGGGAGACAUUUGAAAACAUGGUGUAUACUCACAGAAUGUUGGAGUACGGCGAAUACAAAGGGAAUCUCUAUGGCACAAGCAUCGAUGCCGUGCGCACAGUGCAGGACGAAGGGAAGAUCUGCAUCGUUGAUUUAGAGCCUCAGAAUAUUCAGCUGGCUCGCACUCACGAGCUGAAACCCUACAUUGUAUUUAUUAAGCCGUCAAGUGUGAGUUGCAUGAAGCAAACCCGGAAAAAUGCCAGGAUUAUCACAGACUAUUACGUGAACAUGAAGUUUAAGGAAGAAGAUCUGCAGGAAAUGGAAGAGUCAGCUAAAAAGAUGGAGGCUCAGUUUGGUCAGUUCUUUGACCACGUUAUUGUGAAUGAUAACCUAGAGGAGGCCUGCAUGCAGCUGCUGUCUGCUGUCCGCCGAGCACAAGACGAGCCUCAGUGGGUUCUUGCAACGUGGAUAUGCUCAGACAAUCAGCCAUAAAUCUCAGGAGUAGCCCAGCUUCACAGAGAUUAUAGUUUCUGCUUCCCUCCCUGCAUAAUCCUAAUGCUAGGGUUCAAAGAUACAUAUAUCUUUGCAGGGAAUUUGGAGAGGAUUAGGCAAACCGUCGUUGCAAGAUGUAAUUCUAUUGUCUUCUGUGGCAUUCCUGAGCAUUGUAUGUUCAGUU